AGUUAGAGUUUGUCGUUUUCCGAGUGCCAACGAGGGGUUGUCUAUACCGAACAGCUACAGUCCUAAAGAUAGUUUCUUUCAUCGCGCCAUCCUUAGCAUAAAAUGCCCGAAGCGACGCGCAAGCCGUCUUUCUCCGCUCCUGUGGAGCCGGCGUUUUCCGUCGAUCCCGCGGACCUACACGACGCCGUUGUCACCGCAACCAGGAAGGCGCUCCCAAACCCAACCCGCGACCGAAACUUGGUCGAUACGGUGGCGCUGGCGACCAAACUCGCUCUGCAAAAGGUCGUGCCUGCGCAGAAGGUACUAGUAGCACAGGCGAGCAAACUUGUUCAGGCUUAACCUCAAGCUGCACACAAGUGACGUUGUACAUGCAAGUCUAGUGGAUGUCCUCAAUGCUCAUCUUCAUUAUGCUCAUGUUGUCAACAGACUCCAAUAUCAGUACCAGUUCAAGCAACUGUGUCCUUUCCUGCUACUUUGAUGUUCUUGUCCCCAACAACAUGUAGCUCAUGCAAAUUGCAAUUCCAAUUGCCGACGAGGACGCAAGAAAAAGUUUCAAAUAACAGCCCGCUGCCUCCAAAACGGCAGUCGGUGUUGCUCCCACAACUGCUGCUGCACCCCGCACCUCUGCACCGCCGCAAUCCUCCAACACCGCCACGAAGUUGCAGAGCCAGCUGCAGAAAUUACGUUUUUCCUACUUCCGCGAGUUGACGGAAUUGCGGGACAGACUCCGGGACGAGAAGCUCGUGGACGCUGUGAACAGUUCGAAGAAUGGCAGCCACGACGUGCCGGUGUUUUUCGACCCGACGGCUUUUCUGGAUGACGUUCCGGACGAAGUGAAAGACCAUUUGGAGGACGUGGUGUAUGAACUGCAAAAGUAUCUUACUCGUUCUCGUACAAAUUGCAUAUACAAAUUUUCUCAUCAUGAGAAACGCAAUUUGUAAUGCUGUUUUACCUUAGGAAGAAGAUUUGUCAUGCAUAUUUGCAAUUAGAUCGAGUGCGAUACUUUUGCACAGGAUAUGGUCUUGGAAAAGACGAAACUGCUGCUCUUGAAACACUCGCGGGAAGAUACGCUGAGGAUCAAGAAGCAAGAUCAGCAGAUGUAAAUUUGCGGUUAAACUUCCAUGUUUCCAAAUGCAAUUGAAAAAAUGAAGGCUACUUCCAUCUUGUUCUUUUUUGUUUCACUACUUAUCGCCACGGGUUGAGCCAUUUCGUAAGAAAAAUGUGUGGAAAUCUAAAUCAAAAUCACCGCAGCGCUGAGCUUCUCGCAGAAAACUCGCAGUUAAAAGAGCAGAUCGAGGAGCAGAAAGCCCGGGUCCACAACGAGUAUGAAGUGGCAGCCUGCAGCAAUAUUCCACGUCGUUCCCUCGUCGGUCUCAUUUGUGGUCAUGCAAAGAUGAAAGAGGAAAUGGUAUGGAGUUCGAAGUCCAACAUCAUUAGACCUAGUUCUAGCUGCACUUUGCAUCGCGAACCCCAUCUAUCGUCCUCACCUCCAUCAGCACACGGGCAAGCAGGAUGCUGCUGCAGCAUGGCACGAUACUAAGUUGGCAUGCAAACACGACAGUGUAGUCCCGUGCUUCUGAUUGCAUCCCUGCUGCAAUCAUCUAGACAGGGGAAACAUAACAAGACGUGGAAAUUUUGCAUCCUGACACCGAGACCGUGAAGCUGAAGAUGAAUGUGGACGAGUACAAGGAGCGCGAAAUCCAGUACAAGAAGCGACUCGCCAGUCUCGAGCAGAGCUACAAGAAGUCCUACGAGGAGCUGGAGCAACAGCACAAGGACCAACUGGACGGCUUUGCCAAGGAGAUUCUGCUGAUAAAACAACAACAGGAGAAUACGACUUCGACUACUUCGGCAACAUCCGACGUGCGAGAAAAGAAACCCAGCAAGUCGAGUGAUACUUCUCUUGGGCAAGUACUCGAGGACUUUAGUGAAAACAGCGAAGAACAAUCUUCCAGCAGCUUCACAAAUAUCUCACCAGCAGCUAGAACCACACCAUCGUCCGAAGUUGUACAGCCACACCCAUCUGCCUUCAACAUCCAAUUCUCUGCCAAAGAACGGGAACAACACCUUGUCGACUCUCAACUCGCGAAAGAGAACGAGCUGCUAAAGCAGGAGGAAAGCGAGCUGAGUAAGGAAUUGGAGCAGCUGCGGUCUGAUAUGCAAUACAAAUUUCCAUCUGUUGUAGUACGAGUAGCACAAAACGCAUCACAAUUUCGAGUUUCGCCAACUUACAGCAUGAUACCACUUGUCAUGCCGAAUAGGAUGGAGAGAACAUGAAACAAAAGUUUUGCCAUGCAGAAACCUCCGCAUUUGUGUAUCUCCGUGUACUACUGGAAAUUCACUGUGGAUAUCGGAGAAGGAAAGAUUGAGGACGAAAUUAGCGACGUUGGAGAUGAUCCAGGUGAACAAGAAAGAGUCAGGUAGUUUUGGAAAUAAAGACAAAAUAAAGCCGAAAAAUCUCUUCGAACAGCAGUUACAAGCGACGCCGGAGCUGGUGCUACAGGAGAUGCAGAAAGAACAAACAGGUGAUAUUUUUGACGAGGAUGCUGAUGCAGCAAGAAGAUCAAGAUCAUCAAUUGGCUGCACAAAGAGCAAGAAUUCGACUUCGCCAAGCAAAACAUCAGGUGGAGAACAACCAGCAGCAUCUACUUCUUCAGCGGUUCUUAACAUCGAUUUGGACAAAAUCAAACUGCCGGAGAAGUCCUACAAGGAGUUUCUUGGCCGGCGAUACAACCCAAACGCACCCAUUCCUCCUUCCGGGGUCUCGUCCGCAAGCAUUGCAGGGAGCCCACCGUCCUCUUCUCACGGAAGUACCCGAUUUCCCUCUCCGUCAAGUGUGUCAUCCAGUAAAAGCAGCUCACCACCAGGACCACCGGGGGGAACAAGCAGCGGUAGCGGAAGCAAAAAAGCGACAGCGAAGGUCGUUGCUCCGAAAGAGCCGUCGACGGCAAAGACAAAGGGUGUGGAAUCCAAAAUGGUGAUUUCGCGGCACUCAUUGCUGCGCCGAAAAACUGCACCGGUAGGGGCGGCAUUAGCGCCGCUAGCGGGGUGAAGAAGUGCGUGGAUAGUAAAGUUGAUUCCGAGUCUUCGUUUUAUCGUUUGUACAGUACUAGCUGCAAUCUGCAUCUGAAAAAGCAACGAACUUCUACUACGCCGGAAUUUGAAGAUACUUACUUAAUUCUGUUAACGGAGUUGUAAAUCCCGACUACUUCGUUCUUUUCGUUUCAAGAGGCCUCUCGCAAUAUUAGCGAUAUUACAAGUCUACACUUUAGCUUUACAACAACAUCAGCUAUUUUUUACAGUACUGCCUACUACAAGUACAACAAGGAGAUCAGGAGUAGCUUGAUUAACAAGUUCUUUUUUUUUGGAACCGUAACUACCAACACAACACGAUGAAAACGUGCGCAAAGCCGUACCCUCAACAUGAUUUUUCGCAGCUCUUGGCGUUAUCUUCAGAAGCAAAUAUUCGUCCCCCGAGGAGAACUUCAGAAAAUAGAAGAGCGCAGAUCGGUCCUUCAGCCGGUACUAAAUUGAAGAAAAAGAAAAAGACACGACGUGGCCACGGUGCAGAAUAUGGCUCCCGCUCAUCUCAUGUUGCAGACAAAGCAGGCUAGUUUGUAGUGCUUUUCAUUUUUGAAGAAGAUUCAAGAUUGUAAUUGUAUACGACACAGACGGUCGAAUUGUUUCAUACUUGCUUAAGUGCAGUAGCAGUCUCGCUCUCCUGAAAAAAUGUUGCUGACUCUGUGUAAG